ACCAAGGACAGCACCCAAAUGCCUCAAAACGACGGCGCUUAAAUCCAGAAACGUGGCAACGUAACGCUGACGGUUUCAUCCUCUCUUCUUCUCUGUGGGAACUGGAAAUGGCUCUCCCAAACAAUCCCCAAUCCUUCCCUCAUUUCUCCUAAACCCCAAACCCAAACCCCAAACUCCCCAAACCCAAACCCUAAGCCUUCAUCGAUCUCUCUCUCUGUAAAAAAAAAAACAAAACCAGAAACUUUCAGCUUUGUUUUAGAAAAUUUCUGAAUAUUUUUGGGCUGAGAAAAAAAAAAGUCAAGAGAAAAUGUCGUGGAUAAGAUCGGCUGUGAGCAAAGCCGUGGAGGCUGGGAACAAGAACAACCUCACUCGGACCGUCAAGAACUAUGCCGACUCCGUCGUCCAACACGCCGGCCAAGCCGUAGCUGAAGGCGCCAAACGCUUUCAGGACCGUAUGGGAGCUCGUAGUUUUAAAAGUGUUAAGAAGAGUAUCCAGAGAUUGGAAGAAGCAGCUGUGUCUUGCAGAGGAGCUGAAAGACUUGAGAUACUGAGAAGGUGGGUGAUUUUGCUCAGAGAGGUCGAGAGACUGAAGCUUUCUCCGGGUUCUGUGGAAGAAAAAGACAACGCAGACGAGCACCCUACUGCUUCUGAGGAUGCCAACGAUAUUCGAAGAAGAAUAUCUCUGGUUUUGUACUAUGACUCUGAUGUUGGAGGUGAACCCAUGACUUUCCGCGAAGUGUUUCUUCAAAGCCAGGCUCUGGAGGGCAUAACACUGUCUAUGAUUCUUGAAGGUCCGAAUGAUGAAGAGGUUGCCCUGCUGAUGGAGAUGUUUAGGCUCUGUCUUACUGGAGGAAAAGAAGUUCAUAAUGCAAUAGUGAGCAGUAUACAAGAUCUGGAAAAAGCUUUUUCAAGCUAUGAAGAUGAAGUAUUGGUAAAACGGGAGGAAUUGCUCCAAUUUGCACAAGGUGCAAUUACGGGGUUAAAGAUUAAUGCUGAUGUCAUAAGAAUAGAUGAAGAAGUCUCUGGUCUAAGGAAGAAGCUUGACACAACGACCACUCCUCUGAAGCCUUCAACUGAAGGUCAUGACAAAGCAUCAGAAGAAACAAAAUUGGAAACAAUAGAGGCAUUAAAAGAAGCACUUGCACAAGUUCGAGCUUGUUCCAGAUUAGAAGGGCUUUUACUGAAGAAAAAGUUGUUGAACAAUGGAGAUUCUCCUGAGAUCCACGCUCAAAAAGUUGAUAAAUUGAAGGUCUUGUCAGAAUCUCUGGCUAGCUCCUCUUCAAAAGCUGAAAAUCGUAUUUCAGAUCACAGACUUCAAAAGGAGGAGGCACUAAAAGUUCGUGUAGCCAGAGCAAGUGAAGUGAGUGAAAGAGAGAAGGAAAUAACAGCUGAGAUUACAGAGCUUGAAAAAGAACGAGAUGACCUUGAGGCUCAACUGAAAAAGGUUAAUAUCUCCUUGGCUGCAGCUAAUGCCCGCCUUCGCAAUACCAGGGAAGAGAGGGAACAAUUUGAAGAAGCUAACAAUAAGAUUGUUUCCCACUGCGAAACAAAGGAAGAUGAGCUAUCAAAAUCCAUUGCCUCAUGUAGGGCAGAGGCAGAUAUUAUAAAAACUUGGGUUAAUUUUCUUGAAGAUACUUGGGUUCUCCAGCGCUCAUAUACAGAUAUGAAGGAGAAGCAGGUCAACGAUGAAUUGGAGAAACAUGAGGACUAUUUCUUGAACUUGGCCAUUGAUCAUCUCUCUGCUUACAAGAAAGAGUUGGGGCCUUCUAUCAUUCGUAUAGGGAAAUUUGUAGAGAACCUAAAGAAUUUGAGCGAGGGGUCAAGGAUGGCAUCUACUGCAGAAAGCGAAGAUUCUAAAGUAUUAAAUCCAAUAAAUAAUCUUGAGGAGGAAUAUUUAGACCACGAAACCAAGAUUAUUACCACCUUUAGUGUAGUAGAUAACAUCAAGGAGCAGUUUUAUGGCCCACAAGCUGAAAUUUCCAGGAAAGAUGACCCUAGGGUUAAGGAGCUGUUUGAUGAUAUUGAAAAAUUAAGGGAGCAAUUUGAAGCUAUUGAGAGACCAAAUCUACAACUGGAGAAUCCAACCCCAAAAUCAGAAACUUCAUCUAGUGAAAAGCCGCAGAGUGGUCCAUCUACUCUCCCAACAGAAAGCACAGGAGCACAGAAAGCUGAUACAGAUAAGCAUCCUGGGUCAGGUAAAGUGAAGGCAGAGCAAAUGCUUGACACUGAAGCCGAACUAGCAAAGCUGGAAUCGGAGUUUGGCAAGGUUGGUCAAGACUACUCGGCAGAAGAGAUUGGUGACUGGGAAUUCGACGAGCUUGAAAGGGAACUAAGAUCUGGUGAUUCAUCAAAAGCUAAAUAGACCCCAAUACUUAUGGUGGCUGGGUCACCGUCAUUGCAAGUUUCGUAAAAAACCUGUGUAUUAUAAACAUGAUAUAUAACUCUGUACCUGACCUCCAAAAAGCCACACAUACUUUUCUCUGUAACUUAUCUGUAACAAGUGACAGAUUAUCAAUUUGUUAAUUUAAUCCUUCUUUAAAUUCUCGAACCUAUAUGCUCGAAUAUGGAAUAUAAGUGAAUGAAAGGUGUAAUUUGGAUGUA